AUGAAAUCAAUUAGACUCCACCAAGUCAGUGGAAUAAAUCAAAUACACCAAAGACUAUGUAGCACCAAACUUAUUUACUCUGAAUAUGGGGACCCACUGAAAGUGCUCAAAAAAGAACCAGAUGAAAUUCAGGAGCCCAAAGAAAAUCAAGUCCUAGUUCAAAUGCUAGCUGCUCCAGUGAACCCAGCUGACAUCAACACCAUCCAAGGCAAAUACCCUUCCAAACCCCCAUUGCCUGCUGUUCCAGGAAAUGAAGGAGUUGCCCAAGUGGUGAAGCUAGGCUCUGGUGUCUCAAACAUCACCAUUGGAGACCAUGUUGUACCCCUCACAAACAACCUAGGAACAUGGAGAACUCACCUAAUCCUACCUCAAGAAAACCUACUCAAAAUACCAAAAACUUUGGGAAUAGUAGAAGCAGCCACACUCACAGUGAACCCAUGUACUGCUUACAGAAUGCUGAGGGACUUUGCUGAUCUUAAACCUGGUGACACAGUGAUACAAAAUGGGGCAAACUCAGCUUGUGGGCAAAAUGUAAUACAGAUUUGUCGCUCAUGGGGGCUGAAGACAGUGAAUAUAGUGAGAAAUAGGCCUGAUAUAGAUAAGUUGAAAGAGUUUCUGACUAGUCUUGGGGCCUCAUUUGUACUGACUGAGGAAGAAUUGAGGACUACAGAUAUUUUCAAGACUGAUAAGAUUGAGAGGCCUAGGCUUGCGCUGAAUUGUGUGGGAGGUAAGAGUGCUCUUGAAAUAAUGCGUUAUUUGCAAAAUGGUAGCCCUCUUGUUACUUAUGGUGGGAUGUCUAGAGAACCUGUCACUGUUCCAACCUCAGCUUUGAUUUUCAAGGAUCUGCAAAUUUGUGGGUUUUGGAUGACUAGAUGGACGAAGGAGAAUGCUGGAAUUAAAGCUGAAUCUACAACUGUAAGAGUAGCUUCAGAGCCAGCUGCAGAUCAAACCACCCCAUUGGCUGUUGAAACAACAGUGGCGCCAAUGGACGAAACAACAGUAGUUCAAAUGGACGAAACAACAGUAGUUCAAAUGGACGAAACGACAGUAGUUCAAAUGGACGAAACGACAGUAGUUCAAAUGGACGAAACAACAGUAGUUGAAAUGGAUGAAACAACAGUAGUUUAA